CGCCUCGGAGUCUCAGAGAAAUUUGGCGCGCUCCCACCAACUCUCGCGAGAGACCGGAAGCGCCCGCCGCCCAAUAAGGAGGCCCGCCGCGCCCCGCCCCGCCGAACUCCAAUCGCCGCCGCCGCCGGAGGGGCGGUGGCCAGACAGGGACUCGAGGCAAAGUGUCCGGAGGCGCGCGCCGCGCCCGGCGGGGUCCGUCCGGGGCCGCGCUGCGGGCCGCGGCGGGGAGGGAGCUGUCGGGCCGUCCCUGCGCGCGGCAGCUGUGAGGCGGGGGCUGCGGCCCCGGCAGGAGCCGACAGCGGGGGGCGAUGGCGCCGGCGGCGUCGAGGCUGCGGGCCGAGGCCGGGCUCGGGGCGCUCCCGCGGCGGGCGUUCGCCCAGUACCUGCUCCUGCUGCGGCUCUACCCGGUGCUCACCAAGGCGGCCACCAGUGGCAUUUUGUCAGCGCUCGGGAACUUCCUGGCCCAGAUGAUGGCGAAGCAGCGGAGAAAAGAAAACUGCUUUCAAAAGCUAGAUGUCAGUGGGCCUCUCAGAUAUGCCAUUUAUGGGUUCUUCUUCACAGGGCCACUGAGUCACUUCUUCUACCUCUUCAUGGAGCACUGGAUCCCCUCCGAGGUGCCCUGCGCUGGGGUCCGCAGGCUCCUCCUGGACCGCCUCCUCUUUGCGCCGGCCUUCCUGCUGCUGUUCCUCCUCACCAUGAACUUCCUGGAGGUUGGUCGCCGCCGUGGUACUUACGGGGAGGGACGCAGCUGCUCUCUCUGUCCAGAUAAGGAGAAGCUUCUGGCCGGCGCUGCGCAUGAACUGGCGAGUCUGGACCCCAGUACAGUUCAUCAACAUCAACUACGUCCCUCUGCAGUUCCGGGUGCUUGUUGCCAACCUGGUGUCUCUGUUCUGGUACGUCUACCUGGCCUCUCUGGGGAAGUGAAGGUGGCCUGGAGUGAACGCAGACACGCUGCCCAUGUGUGUAGGGACCCACCUGCCCGGGGUGAGAGCAGACACAACCUCGUCAGGACUUCAGCUGACUCCAGAUCGUGUGAUUCAAGUUGGAGAAACAAAUCUGUUCAUGUAAGAAUCUUGUGUUUUAAAAAGGCAGAAACUGUCUUCAGGUGACUCUGCCUUAGUCGUAAAAUACAGUAGCGAUGAUUUCACUCGUCUCCCUGAAUUGAGUUAGGACGACAAUAAACGAUAAUGUAGCCUUUUC